CUAACAGCCAAUCAUUGUUCUUCUCUUACAGGUAACGAUGUCUGACCGGGCGGCCGCCGACCGAGCCUGUAAAGACCCCAAUCCCAUCAUUGAUGGGAGGAAAGCUAACGUUAACCUCGCCUAUCUGGGAGCCAAACCACGCAACCUCCAGAGUGGUUUCACGAUCGGAGUUCAACAAUUACAACAAUUACACCCGGCCUUCAUCCAGCGACCCCUCGGGCUAACGCCGCAGUACAUCUACCCGCAAGCUCUCCUCCAACCCAGCGUGGUCAUCCCGACUCCAAUCCAGUCCCUGACUUCUCCGUACAUCGAGUACAAUGCUGCUACCCAAGGCUACACACAUUACACCACCGCUGCCUACGAACAGUAUCCCUACGCAGCGUCGCCCGCCGCCGGUUACGUCGGCUACGGCUACGCCGGCUCUGUCCAGCAACCCAUGUCUGCCACGGCCGCCGGAGCUCCUCCUACCGCGUACAUCCAGUACCAGCCGACACAGCUUCAACCCGACCGGAUGCAGUGAGAUGGGAACACUAAAGUUUAGUCAAAUUCUUGAUCGUGCUUUUUUUUUUUUUAUUGACCG